CCAUCAGUCGGCUCUGAGCAGGAUGAGAACAGCUUUUGCUGUCACCUCCCUUCUCGUCUCCUCACCUCUGAGGGCCGCCUCAUGCGAAUGACAGAAAAGACGCAGAUCGCUUUGAAGCCUCCAUAUCUGCACUGAGUUAAUGGAAACAGCUGACAGCUGAAGACCGGACCUGAGGAUUCAGUAAACAGGCUGUUACGUGCUUGCACUUUGGAGUUUACGGUCUGCUUGCUUUUGAAACGGAUUCUACAGGUGUGUGUGAGCGUUUGACUCUUCAAGAAUCAUCUACAGGUGUGUUAACCUGCCAAAGGGGAUCUAAGCAGGUGCAAAAGUUUUCAGACUAGCUUGACAAUGACCACCAUGCAGAAGUUGCUCCAGCUGCCUGUGAAUGCCGUGAACAUCGUGAAGGGUGUGCAGGGGGUCACUCAGGGCCAGGAGGAAGCUCUCAGGUCCGGUGCUGACCCCGAAAGCGGCCCGCAAAACUGGUACAGUGCCGUCCAGCCUGAAGAACUCCGACACCUGAGAUCUGGGGGGACGGGCGGUGGGGGGCGGGGGCGGGGGGGUGGGGAGGGUUCAUAAGAUCGAUCUGCGCUGGAGCGGGGCUUUACCAGUGUUCAAACGCAACCUUUACGACACGAUGACCUGAAGGAGAUGCUGGACAGUAAUAAAGACUCGUUGAAGCUGGAGGCCAUGAAGCGUAUUGUUGCGAUGAUCGCCCGGGGGAAGAACGCCUCAGAUCUCUUCCCUGCAGUGGUGAAGAACGUGGCCUGUAAGAACAUCGAGGUGAAAAAGCUGGUGUACGUGUAUCUCGUGCGCUACGCUGAAGAACAGCAGGAUCUUGCUCUGUUGUCCAUUUCCACCUUCCAGAGAGGACUGAAGGACCCCAACCAGCUGAUCCGCGCGAGUGCCCUGCGUGUGCUGUCCAGCAUCAGAGUGACCAUCAUCGUGCCCAUCAUGAUGUUAGCCAUCAAAGAGGCAGCGUCUGACAUGUCUCCAUACGUCCGCAAGACCGCAGCUCAUGCCAUACCCAAACUACACAGUCUGGACCCAGAACAGAAAGAUCAGUUGAUUGAAGUCAUCGAGAAGCUGCUGGCUGAUAAAACCACACUGGUAGCAGGCAGUGUGGUGAUGGCGUUUGAGGAAGUGUGUCCAGACCGCAUCGAUCUGAUCCAUAAGAACUACCGUAAGCUGUGUAACCUGUUGAUUGACGUGGAGGAGUGGGGUCAGGUGGUGAUCAUCAACAUGCUCACGCGCUACGCCAGAACACAGUUCCUCAACCCCAACAUCAAUGAGUCUCUGUUGGAGGAGAACAGCUAGAAGGCCUUCUAUGCCUCUGAUGAUGAGGAAGAGGAAGAUAAGAAAGCCGAGCCGGCCACUCUAGCGAAGAGGAAGCCGUAUGUGAUGGACCCCGAUCACAGACUCCUACUGAGGAACACCAAACCCCUGCUGCAGAGCCGCAACGCUGCUGUGGUGAUGGCAGUAGCUCAGUUGUACUUCCAUUUGGCUCCUAAAGCAGAGGUGGGCAUCAUUGCUAAGGCACUGGUCAGGUUAAUGCGCAGCCACAGUGAAGUGCAGUACGUCGUGCUUCAGAACGUUGCCACGAUGAGCAUCAAGAGACGAGGAAUGUUUGAGCCGUAUCUGAAGAGUUUUUAUAUCCGCUCCACGGACCCGACGCAGAUCAAAGUCCUCAAGCUGGAGGUUUUGACUAAUUUGGCUAAUGAGACGAACAUCUCCACCAUCCUGAGAGAAUUUCAGACAUAUAUUAAGAGCAUGGAUAAGGAUUUUGUGGCGGCCAGCAUUCAGGCCAUAGGUCGCUGUGCUACAAACAUCGGUGAAGUCAGAGACACCUGUCUGAACGGCCUCGUACAGCUGCUGUCCAAUAGAGACGAGUUGGUCGUGGCGGAAUCAGUGGUGGUGAUCAAAAAGCUUCUGCAGAUGCAGCCUGAACAGCACAGCGACAUCAUCAAACACAUGGCCAAACUCAUCGACAACAUCCAGGUGCCCAUGGCCCGAGCGAGCAUCAUGUGGCUGAUCGGAGAAUACUGCGAACACGUCCCCAAAAUCGCCCCCGACGUCCUGAGAAAGAUGGCCAAGAGCUUCACCAAUGAGGAAGACAUUGUCAAGCUGCAGAUUAUCAAUCUGGCUGCCAAACUGUACCUUACUAACUCAAAACAGAGUAAACUGUUGACGCAGUAUGUACUGAACCUGGCAAAAUAUGAUCAAAACUAUGACAUCAGAGAUCGUGCCCGCUUUAUCCGCCAACUCAUUGUGCCCACCGAUAAGAGCGGCGCUCUUAGCAAAUAUGCCAAGAAGCUUUUCCUUGCACUCAAGCCUGCCCCCGUCCUGGAGUCUCCAUUUAAAGACAGAGAUCACUUCCAGCUGGGAUCACUGUCUCAUCUGCUGAAUGCUAAAGCCGCCGGAUACCAGGAGCUGCCCAACUGGCCUGAAUCGGCACCCGACCCGUCCGUGCGCAACGUGGAGGUGAAGGAUUCUGUUAUUACGCUGCUUGAAAGAGUCACCACUUUAACCAGCAUUCCAGAUUGGAGCAAAUGCUCAAGCCGGAAGGAUCGUAAGGAGAAGAAAGUAGAGAAACCGUUCUAUUCGGACUCCGAAGGAGAAUCUGGUCCUACUGAAUCAGCAGAUAGCGAAUCAGACUCGGGCAGCGGUUCGGCAAGCGCUAGAGGCAGUGAUGAAAGCGGUUCCGGUUCAGAGAGUGAAGAGAGCGGAGAAGAGACAGAGUCUGACGAGGAAGAGGAAGAUGAGGAGGAGGAAAAGAAAAAAAGGAAGAAGCUGGACAAGACCAAAGCAAAGAAGCAAGCAGAGGAGAGUGCAGAGAGCGAGCAGAGCAGCAGUGCCGAGGACAGGAAGCGUGGCAGGAAGGCAGUGAAGAAUCAGAAAAGUGCUUCAGAAUCAGAGAGCGAAUCAGAGAGCAGCGAAUCAGAGGAGGAGUCGGAGGAGGAGUCAGAGGAGGAGUCUGAGUCCGACACCAACGUCAGGAAGAAGAAGACGCCGGUAUUAAAACAACCUCCCAAACAAUCCAAAAAAGAGAGCAAGAAGGAGACGCAGGAAAUGUCUUUGCUGGAUCUGGAUGACUAUGAACCAGCUCCAGCAUCGGCUUCAGUGACUCCGGUUAACUUCCUGUCCAGUAGUCUGGUGUCCGAUCUGGAGGGUUUGUCCCUGACCGACACUAUUCUGCACCUACAGUGAACCCUUGCACCUUCAGGUUCGAUAAAGAUGUAUGAGCUCCUGCAUCGUAUAAAGGGUGAGGGUCUUGCGGUUGAGUAUUGCUUCAGCCGGCAGCCCUUCAGUCCAGAGCCCAAUAUGGUGGCCGUCCAGAUCCAGUUCACCAACAACACCAACUCCGAGACCAAAAACCUGCACAUCGAGGAUCCCAGGCUGCAGUCUGGGAUGAGGAUCCGAGAGUUCGCUGAGAUAGACGUGCUAGCAGCAGGUGAAUCGGUUACCGUGGUGAUGGGCAUAGAUUUCUGUGAUUCCACGCAAGCAGCAAACUUCCAGCUGUGUACUCACACCCGCAAGUUCUUCGUUUCCAUCCAGCCGCCCGUCGGGGAGCUAAUGACGCCAGCAUUUCUGACAGAAAACGACUUCAAGAAGGAGCAAGGUAAACUGAUGGGAAUGAAUGAAAUCUUGGAGAAGCUGACGCUGGGAGAGAAAUGCGUGAACGAACACGUCAUCGUUGAGAGAGUCACGGCCACCGCCAACUUGAGCAGAGUACCAUGUGGUUCAGAUAAAGAGUGCAGAUUCGCAGGUAAAACGGUCAGCAGCGGUUGUCUCGUGCUGGUCACCGUAACUACAAAGGAAGGCGGCGGAGCUCAGUUGACGGUGAACUGUGAGAAGAUGUUGAUCGGCACAAUGCUGGUUAAAGACAUCCUGCAGGCCCUGUCGCAGUGAUGGCGCCCCCUACAGUCAACACCCUCCUACUGCUGCUUACCGCAUUGAUUUGCAUCUCUGUGUAGAUAUUUCGCCCACGUG